AUGCAAUCACACAUUCCAAAUGCCUUCCGCGCCAUUGUGGGCGCGGUUACCCUUGCACUCCUCACUGCAGCAAACCCGGUGGCACUCGAAAGUGGCUCAUGCCCGCGUGCGACAACUGUCAUCGCCACGACCACGAUCGCUGCUACGGCUUCUCCAACCGCAGCUUCGUCUCUGGUGACUGCAACCCCAGGUACUCCAGUAUCCCCAAAAAUUCUUCUCAUCGCGAAUGAGUUCGAGUUGGAUUAUCUCGAGGAGUACAAUUUUACCACCCAAUACACCGGGGACUUGUUUGAACAGGUCUUCGCCUGCACCGCCGACGGCACGAUCUGCAAACUUGCCUGCGGUCAAGAGCUAGUCUCCGCAUCUCAGAUCACCUCCCUUCUGUUGAUUUCUGGGGUCGAUCUCACCAAAACCUACGUCAUUAUCUCUGGUACUGGGGGGGUAAAUCCCAAAUACGGUACUGCUGGAGGAGCUGCUAUCAGUACGUUUGGAAUCCAAUGGGAAUGGGGCGACAUGUUUCUCGGAUCCGAUCUGCCGGCCAAUUUCUCGGGACAAUACUUCUCUUCAUAUGCGCAAGACGCGCCCUACAAAUACCCUUCCACCGUUGGAACAGAGGUGUACAAGCUUAAUGAGGCUCUUGUCGAUCGAUUCUACAGUAUCGGCAGCACGGUCACAUAUGAAGAUGUCCCCGAAGCUUCACAAGAGCUCAGGGCCACCUAUAUUCAUGAUGCAGCAAAACAGGCUCCCUUCCUAGCAAGAUGUGACACUGUUUCUGCACAGGCGUAUUGGCAUGGAGAUGUGGCGGGGGAGAAUGUUGAAUACUACGCCAAUGUCAUUACAACCGGGAAAGCCCGCCCUUGUAACACCAAUCAGGAUGAUACGGGAAGGCUUGUAGCUUUGUUUUUGGGCGCGGUCCAUGAGAAGAUCGACUUUAGCAGAGUUGCAAUUAUCAAGGCUUUCAGCAAUUUUGAUCGGCCUCCCCCACAGUUGACGGCUUAUCAAUCUCGCUUUUCUGUCGGAGAAGGUGCAACUGAGCCUGGCCUCAGAAACUCAUGGAAAACAAUUGUGGCAGUUGUGAAUGAUGUGUUGGAGAACUGGGAGACGAUCUUCGAGGCCGGUAUCAAGCCGAACACAUAUAUGGGCGAUCUAAAGGAGAGAUUGGGUGGAUCCUCGGACUUUGGAACAACAGCCGGGGCUGCUCCUGGGUCGGUGCAAGGUGCCUAG